UUCUGUUAUUAGACAUUUUUGUCGCUUGUUUUUUCUUUCUUUGAUACAUUUUUAUAUCUUUAAUAUGGAGUAUUUUGACCUUUUUGGUUCGUGUUAUCAUGUUCUAAUAUAUCUUGUUUUUUGUUUUUUUCAAAUUUCCUCAUUUUAUAUUAUUAUUACACUCUGUUAUGUGUCUGUCAAAUGCUAUCUUACCACCUUCGCUCCUCUUUUGCCUAUUCUCCUUGUCGCCCAUGCUGUCCCAUAAUACAUUGCGGCUACUCGUUAGAUCAUGGACCCAAGCGACAAUGAUCUUCAAGGAACCGAUGGCUCCGGGAAUUUGGGCGGACCUGAUGUUAGGAGACGAAUCCCCAUCAAACUCUUGUCCAAACAACCUUUAAGGAGCAAACCUCCACCACGUACCCAGAGACUCCCUGGCAGGCCCUUCAAAAAUGAACCUGGAGAAGAUGACAAUUUCGGCUUCAAGCAAGAGGACAGGUUUGAAUGUGGCACCAAAGCUGGGGACGUGUUUGCCAAUCAGAGGAGAUAUCCCCAACCUCUGUUUUGGGACUACAAGUUGCAUUUAUUAGGAGAAAGGGAUGAAGUACCGAUUCACUUCUGUGACAAAUGUGGUCUCCCUAUUCAUCUGUAUGGACGAAUGAUUCCAUGCAAACAUGUUUUCUGCUACGACUGUGCCUUGCUUCAUGAGAAGAAAGGCGACAAAAUGUGUCCUGGCCUCACCCUCUACAGCUGCACAGAUCCAGUGCAGCGCAUCGAGCAGUGCCAGCGCGGGUCUCUCUUCAUGUGUAGCGUCGUGCCCGGCUGUAAACGCACCUACUUAUCCCAGCGGGACCUGCAGGCCCAUGUCAAUCACCGGCACCUGCGGGCCGCCAAGUCCUCCAGCGGACGCCAGGAGCCCGUGCACCUUCCACCUCCGAGCGAGGCCCCCGAUCGUUUCCGCGUGCCACAACCCCAUAUGCCCAAAAACCACGUCCACCUUCCCAACCCGCUCCAGCAUGGGGGUCAUGACCCUUACAGUCAGCCGCCACCGCCCAGCGCUCAUGACGCCCCGCCGCCGUCGUCUGGUCUCGGCCCUGAAACAUUCCGCAUCUCCACGGUUACCACCCGUAAACACAGCAAUCUAAUUACCGUGCCCAUCCACGACGACUCUUCUUCGUCCCGUGAGCCACACCCUGGUGGGCCGGGCCCGGGGCAGCCCCCCCACCACCACCCUGCAGACUAUCCCGGCCAGCCCCCUGUGGUGCCCCAUUCCCACCACAUGAUGGCACCACCACAACAGCACUUUGGACCCCCUCCGCCUCCCCCUCCCCCUCUCAGUCACCCGAUGCAGCACCCUCCACAGGGCUCUGGGACGCCACACAUGGUGUACAACCAAGCUCCUCCCCCAAUGUCCUCAGCUCCCCCGCCAAUCACUCCACCACCGGGCCACAUCAUGGGCCAGAUGCCCCCCUAUAUGAACCACCCACCCCCAGGACCUCCACCACAACACAGUGGCCCUCCAGUCAACGCCCCCCCGCCCCAUCACUACAACCCUAACUCGAUGCAGCAGUUCCCCGAGGACCAGGGCACUCUCAGCCCCCCCUUUAACCAACCAGGAGGCCUCAGUCCUGGCAUGUGGCCGGCUCCGAGAGGACCCCCACCUCCACGUAUGCAAGGUCCUCCUCCCCAGGGACAAAUGCCCGGACACCACCCAGACCAGGGCCGCUACAGGCCGUAUUAUCAGUGAAGUUCCAGCUGAUUGGAUGGACAGCCUUUCUGUGUCAUUUGUGAAUAAUGUGAUAGUGAAACCUCAGGGUUCCAGGAUGUAGACUUUUCUUUUUAAUUCAACUGUCCAGAAACAAAUGUGUAGACGGAGCACAUUUUAGUCAAGUGUUUUUAGCCUCCAACUGAACCGAGCUCUGAACUGGGAACCGAUCAAACGUGUCCCCUUUUAAACAGCUUGUGUUUCUGUGUAUAUGUCCCUCAAAUCCAUGCAUAUGUACAAUGAAAUAUGUCCAAUGAGUCUGAAUAAAUUUUUAACAACAA